UAAAUCUCUCGGCUAUGUUUUGGACUGAAUGAAAUACUGCUAUGGCACCUGCUAGAAUACAAAAUACGUGUAUAUACAUAAAUAUUGUUAUUGUUUGUUGCCAAGGAUGCCACUAAAAGACAGAGUUUGUUCCAUGCCUUUGCAAUGAAAACAUUUGUUGCUUUUGGAUAUAGUAUAUUUUGGGGACUUUUGAGGAAAACGCUUAAAUAAUGUAUAAAACAGGUCGCGCACUAGAAAGGCUCCGGUAUUAUGGCAUUAAUGAUGAUUGCCUGCAAGAGUAUGAUUGUAAUCGUUUACUAACAAUUUAUGAAAUCUACUUUUCCUGAUAUGUUGUGGAUGCCGUUGAAUUGGAGCAUUCUUUUUGUCGGCUUGGUGGUGGCAGAAUCAAGAAAAAACAGACCAAAUCAUGACUUAUUAUUGAACAUCAAGAAACAAAAAAUAUUUCUUUCGCUCAUAAAUGAAUUACAGCACAGCUUCAGAUCACAAGACAGCUCUAACGAGGAACAGAUUUGGCAGGAAUACAAAGACCCCAUAGACGAUACAAAUUGUCUUGCAUCACCUCAGUCAUCUCUGGAUAAACAUUUUCCCAAGUGCAAGAACUUAAAUAUAUGGUCUGUGUUUAAGCAGUUAUUUCCUGGGGAAAACUUUACUGAUGUUAAAUAUGGGGAUGUGGAAGAGGAAGCUGAAACCCGAGAGAUUCUUGAAUCCGAGAGUAAAAAAAGAACAGAUGAUCUUUCAUCUUGGGGAAAGUACACCUGCAGUUGGAGAAUUGGUUGUCUGGUCGUCUGCCUUCUAAUAACUCUAAAGAGAGAUUUUCUAUGGAAGAGAAAAUGGGAGAGUGUUUCCAGAAUUGACGCUUCCGUACAGUGCUGUAUAAUGUCGGACUGGCCCGAGGAAAGGUCGUAUGUUCCUUAUUUUGCUCCGCUUCGGGAAGAUGACCUAGAAACCGAUGCCUCUGGAAGGAAAUGUCCGAAUUUUUACUGCCUAUCUGGAUUGAAAGAUAAGAAAUUGGUAGAUACAGCUGAUCAUUCUGAAUAUAAUGAUACCAAACAGGACUAG